AUGGCACAAGAUUCAGACAACAACACAACUUACAGCAAACCCCCUUCCCUGGGUGGCAAACAGGACCCCUUGGAUGAUGCAAAGAAGGUUAUGAGAAGGGAGAAGAACCGUGCUGCAGCCCAGAGAAGCAGGAUGAAACAGAUACAGAAGACAGAUAUCCUGCACAUGGAGAGCGAGAAGCUGGAGAGGGAGAACGCUGCUCUCCGGAGGGAGGUGAUGCAGCUUACAGAGGAGGUCAAGUACUUGUCAAUGGUGCUGAGCCACCACGAAGCCCUGUGCUCCGCUGUGGAUCGUCCUUAUUUGAUCAACCACCACUCAUCCCAUCACAGGGGACUCUGUCUAGCACUUGUCACUCCAUCCUUCUACCACCUUUAA